CGGAAUUUAAAAUCUCUUAACCAUGUAAAUAUUGUCGUGUGAUUGUACUGACAUUUUUUUGUUGUUGGGUUUGAAUGUUAAAAUCACGAUGUCAGAGUUACAACUGCUGAAUGAGGAAAUGGAUGCCAAGUUGAUUCAGUUCUUUGACACUUUGACCUCCCUCUACCAAGAACAGGAGAAACUCAACGACCAAAUCAAGGACGGCUUCUGGAACAUGUCCAGAGCUCGCUACAGCAUGGGGGUCAAAUUUGUAGGGAUGGAUCAGAUUCAUGAGGAAGACAUGCGGGCAUCGACAAAGGUGAAGGUCACGGGGGAGGAGGAGGAAGAAGAAAUGUUUGCUGCGUUCACCAAUCUGGGCAUUACAGAGGAUGAGACCAAUGAAGUAGAAAAUGUAGGAUUACGAAAAAGAAAUGUUGGAAAUUCUGAAGAAAAUACUUCUCUAUCAGACAAAAAGACAACCACGAAGAAGAAAGGUCAGCAUGAUCCCCUGAAAUGGUUUGGUGUCCUAGUUCCACCAAGUUUACGACAGUGUCAGAGGCAGUUUAAGUCCUCAGUGGAAACCAUCAUUGCCAUCGCAAACCUUAAACAAAAAAUUCUCCUGAUUAAAUCUGAGUACUCAGAUCUAAAGAGAAGAAAGGCUGAGAUUUCCUCUAAGACAGUCCCAGUAGAUUAAAACUACAGACUUCCUUUAACUUUUUUAUUAUAAGUCAGAUGAAAGAAUGCAUUGUAAUGAAGGAAAUAGAAGAAAAAACCUCAAGGCCUAUUAAAUGUGUUAAAGGCGAACUGUGUAUGAACUCUUUGCAGUAAAGUAAUAAAUUGCAAAGGAAAAUUAAUUUAAGUUAUCCUGAAUGAAAGUUCAAAUGAGCAAUUUUUAAAGUAAGACAGAUAGUUACUAAAAUUCUACCUGAAAUAUGCUUGCUACACAUUAAUCUUGAUAUAUGUUGUGAUGUUUAAUUUCCUUGGCCAGAUGCAAUAUUAAACAAGGAAAAGUUAAGUCAUUUGUAGCUCUAUUUAUAUACACGUGGCAGUUAUUUUGGAAUCUGUAUCUAAACACUUUCUGACCACAUAAAGAUAAUGAUGAAGUUAUGUUGAACUUGUUGAACUGCAAUAGUAUUAAGUUAAAUGCAGGCUGAUUUACUUAAAGUAUGCCCUUUCUAAAGAGGUUUUGAUAGAAUUUUUUUCCACAUGAUUGUCCUUUCCAGAGACAGGGUUUGAUUUAUAAUUACACAACCAAUCAUUUCUAGGUUUUGUUUAUAUUUAUAUUGAUAU